AUGGUCGUCUCUGGUGACGGAAUCAUUCUUCCUGCCCUCGGCCAGGAUGUGCAACUCGGCAUGUUGUACAAUGUCCGCACCUCAGAACUGUUUGCAGGCAUAUCUCUAUGGGAUAAUGCCGUUGUCAAUAAUGAGCAGACGAAGGAUGAGAGCAAGGUCCAAAAUGCCGAGUUUUACUAUUCUACAUCUAUCGAAGAUUCCCGCAAGAAGUCGGCUCUUGAUGUCGAGGGAUCUCUCGCCCUGGAUCUGAAAAUAAUUCAAGCAACCGGCUCCGCCAAGUAUCUGAGCGAUACCAAAUCUUCCACACAUGAGGCACGCCUUGAUGCAUCAUGCACUGUUACUCGGUGGACUCGCCGAAUCCCACAAGAAACCCUCUCUUCCAUGAAGUACCACCGCACCCUCGAUAAUCCUCGGUUUACACACUUUGUUGCUGAAGUGGUCGAGGGUGGAAGUGCAACUAUUAGUUUGGUCCGCUCUGCUUCUUCGGAAGAGGAAGCAAAAGAGAUAGCUGGAGAUUUAAAAGCCACACUCGUCGGUGUCCCAGUUAGUGGCUCGGCCAAGCUGGAAUACAAAGAUGUGAGCGAUGCCAACCGCGAGAACGUCAAGAUCUCAUACAGUGGCGCCAUUGCUGAGAACGUGUCCACGUGGGAGGACGCUCGUCGCAUUGCAACUGAGAUGCCAACUAAGCUAGCUAAGCAGACUAAUACGCUUUACUACAAGCUUCUUCCCGUCGACCUCCUUGAUAGCAAUGCCAACCGUCUGAUUCGCAGCCUUGACGCUGGUAUCGUCAACAGAACAGCUGUAGCCCUCAAGACAGGAACUACGGCCCGUCUGAGACUGGACGAGUUGCUACAGCACGAGGUGCUUCGCAAUUGGUUCCCUAAGAUCAAAGGCCAAAUCCGCGGUCUACGGGAAGCCUUUUUGGAAGGCGAAUCAGACUUCAUUGAAGCAGCACGUCGUCUUCUACCAGAACUACGGGACGGUACUACCGACUACAGUAGUAAGAUCUCGGAGCUGCGAAAAGCUGUUUCUCUAUUUGAACAGCGUGUUCGAAUUGCGGAUCAGUUUGCAGAUCUGAAACAGAAGGAACUAGAAGUUCUUCAGUCAACAGUUGCCUCCAUGUUAGGUCAAGGCUUCCAAAAUCAUCUAGGCGGGCUGAAAGCAGAGUCCCUGACAACUGUUUCUGCGCCGAGAGUACUACUAUCAUUUGGUGGAACCCAGAUCAAUCGCAGUCGCCACCACCUAGAGAAAAAGAUGCAAUCAACCGAGCUAUCCGACAGUGAGGAUGACAGCAGUGACGAAGAAGAAAAAGAAAAAUGCGAAGAAGAGUGGUUCGAGAGUUCACGGACUGUCAACAGCGUCAGAGCAGCCUGUGCAGAACUGGUCAGCUUGCGCCCGAGUGCGCCAGAUGAAGUCAUAUUCGGUGUGGCGAGCGUGGACAAAGCCUAUCGUCCGAAUGAAGAAAAGCUCGUGUCCACUAGAAUUGGCGAUAUUAUACUUGGCUACAAUGAUCAAUUUACGAUCGUUACCGGCAUGCUCCCCAAAGCGCCAGCGGCGCCCACGUUGGUGAUCAAAGAACAGGGCAUAGCUCUGUCUUGGGAAAAGGAGCAAAGCGACGAACUGGAAUCUGCUAUUCCAACAAAUUCCUACAUUGUUCGCUACCGUCCUAUCCCUAACGCUGAGAAAGAUGGUGUCCUUCCUCGCGUAACAGCAAACGAAACAUUCAUCGAACUGGAACUCGACCCGUCCGAGAGUUCUGUUAUCCCGAGAAAGAACGGAACAGGUGAUUCGUUGUUUGAUGACUGUGACUAUGAAGUCAUGCUCAGCGUUAAGACGAUAAUAGGGCUGUCUGGUUGGAGUGUCCCUGCUGUUGUCCGAACACCUCGCUGGCCCUCUGUGGCCUCUAGGAUGAUAGACUUCCAUGAAAGGAACCAUCAAACAUUAUCCAACCCCAACCGAAAGGGCACAAAGCCAUGGGAUAUGGAUAAGGAGGCUGGUAACAGGACACUCUUCUUGGGACACACAACUAUCGUCGAUCGUAAUUGUAGCGAUCCUCGCUUCCCAGACACUGUCGCAGUGCGCAUCGUUGACGUUGCAGCUGAAUUUGAAGCCAGCAUCCCCGCUGCAGAUAUUGCUGACAAGAAUAACACUAUUGUCACUGUCUUUACAGGUCCCAGUGGCCACGGGAAGAGUACUCAGAUCAAUGCGUUCGUUUCAUACUUACUCGGCGGUGAUUUUGAGGACUUUGCACGCAUCAUGAUGAUAGACGACCGCAGUACCAGUAAGACAUCGUCACAGUUUGUAACCUGCUACCGCAUCAGACCAUUCUCUCCGCUCUUUCGAGGUAAAACAAUGCUCAUUGUGGACGCACCUGGCUUUGGAGAUUCGAGAGGUUACCAACGGGACAAUUUCGUCACCGCCGCCAUGUCAGACUUCUUUAGCACAGUUAGCCAUGUAAACGCCAUCUUCUUUACAUGCCGUGCAAUGGAGUCUCGGACUACCUUUUUAACACCUGUUUCUACAUACGUAUCACAGCUCUUCGCCAAAGAUGUUGAGGACUGUCUUCGAACUAUCUAUACUUUCGGCGAUUCUGGUAAACCAGGUGCACACGACACUCUUCAAAAACUCGGCUGGCCUGUGCAGAAUGGAGAGAUCUCGGUCAACAACUCUGCAUUCACUGCCACACUAGAUGUCACCGACAUCGAUCAUCUCCGGGAUAUGUGGUUGUGGUCCACAAGAGGCCAGUUCCAGGUCAUGGCCAUGCUUCUCAAAACCACUCCCGUGCCUACUGAUUCCAGCGCCGAAGUGAUACGAGACCGCAUUGAUCUUGAACAAAAGUGCGCCCUUACCGAACAAAAGAUCUUUAAGACGGCAACUGAAGCAUGGAACCUAAUCGAGAACUUGGAUACCCUCGCUGAUACGACUGGAAAAGCCCCAGAUGCUGAAAUUUCCAUCACCGAAGAUCGGGUAGUGACACAGGAUCUACCUGAAGGUAAAGGAUCAACACGAUGCCUUACCUGCAAUAUAACCUGCCACGAGAUCUGUCCGUAUAGCAAUGACGAGGACAAAAAGUACUGCGAGACUAUUAAGGACGAGAAGUGCAUCAUUUGUCACUGCCACUGGUCGGAGCAUUGCAACAUGCGGUACAUGAUUAGGACAAAAAGAGUCACUCGCACUAUUGUCCCCGAAGAUGCGAUCAAAACCUGGAAUGAAAGCACUAAUGAGCUCGAGACAUCACUUCUCAGUGCUAUCGAUGCUUACCUCGAGCUACAGCAAGAGCUCCGAGAUGAGCUUCUCGAUCUAGCUCAGCUGACCGAGAAGCUCAUGACAAAGGCAUUGUUUCACGAUCCAUCGGCCUUCAUCAACUACAUGGACAGGCUGAUCCAUACUGCGCGCGCGUAUAGCUUCCCUCCCGCGAAGCUUGUUCAAUUAGUCACUGCCAAGAACACGUUUUUGUUGCUUCAAAAGAUUAAAGAGCAAGGGAGCGCUGCAGCGCUUGAACCAGAGGCGUUACUUGGUAUACUUGGGAGUGUAAGGACGGAAAUGCAUCGCCGAAUGAAACUGGAGAUGCACCAAAGAGUGCGUGAGGAGAAAGUCCCAUGCAGUCUUUACGAUACUCUUCUCGAGAAGCUUCCCACCUCUAUCAAAGACAAGGCCCCGACGCCUCAUCGAGAAGAGGGAGUGUCGACUAAAGGAGAGUUUUAUUCUGCGAACUUGAAGGCGGUUGUAUUACUUGUCAAAACUGUGCUUAAAGAUGGCGGUGUUGUCGCAGCGCUUGCUGUCAAAGGGUAG